UUUUAAUUCCAAUAAAAACAUUUUCUCCUCAGGAAUUGUCGUUGAAUUAAAGGAAAAAUGUCUGAAACUGAUGUAGAAAUGGUCGAAAUGGACGUUAUUAUAACUGAUACUCAACCCGGUACAAGUUCAAACUCUGAUAGUAAUGUAAAAAAGAGCAAUAAUGUACCUUGGAUAGAAAAGUAUAGACCCCAAAAAUUCGAAGAAAUUGUAGGAAAUGAAGAUACAAUCCAGAGACUUUCUAUAUUUGCCAGAAAAGGAAAUGUUCCAAACAUCAUUGUUGCUGGCCCACCUGGUGUUGGUAAAACUACAACCAUUUUAUGUUUGGCCAAAAUUCUAUUAGGAUCUUCAUUUAAAGAUGCAGUUCUGGAAUUGAAUGCAUCAAAUGAUAGAGGCAUCGAUAUUAUAAGAAAUAAAGUCAAGAUGUUUGCACAGCAAAAAGUAACUCUUCCUCCUGGAAGGCACAAAAUUAUCAUUCUAGAUGAAGUAGAUAGUAUGACUGAUGGAGCUCAGCAAGCUUUGAGGCGUACAAUGGAGAUAUAUAGCAAUACAACAAGAUUCGCUCUAGCCUGUAAUUAUAGUGAAAAAGUUAUAGAACCCAUUCAGUCCAGAUGUGCUGUACUGAGAUAUUCGAAACUAUCUGAUGCUCAAGUACUUGCCAGGACCCUACAAAUUUGCCAAAAAGAGAAUGUUAAUUACACAGAAGAUGGUCUAGAAGCUAUAGUAUUCACAGCUCAAGGUGAUAUGAGGCAAGCCUUGAACAAUCUUCAGUCAACACAUAACGGUUUUGAAAUAGUAAAUUCUCAGAAUGUAUUCAAAGUUUGCGAUGAACCACACCCAAUGCUAAUCAAAGACAUGCUCAAAAGUUGUAUGGCAGGGGAUCUUAGACGGGCUUACAAGGUUAUUGAGCAUCUGUGGAAUUUAGGUUAUGCAGCAGAAGAUAUAAUAAAAAAUAUAUUCAAAGUAACAAAGACUAUGGACAUGGAAGAAGCUCUCAAGUUAUCGUUUAUAAAAGAGAUUGGCGUUACUCACAUGAGAAUUGCAGACGGGUUAUGUAGUUUGAUCCAAAUGUCAGGUUUACUGGCCAGGUUGUGUUCUGCAGCCAAAAGUCAACAAAUCGAAUGAAUAUCAAUAUCUGAGUGAUAUUAUUUUGUUGCUGGUGUUUUUUGAGAUUAAUAUGAUAUAUUUUUUAU